UGACGUCACAUUUUGUCAGCACUGGGAGAAAAAUGUCGCUAGCGAGCUUUCUGCCGGCGCCUACACAGCUGUCUCAGGACCAGCUGGAGGCAGAGGACCGCACGCGUGCCCAGAGAUCGCACUCCACAGCCCUUGUGUCCUCCCGCAGAGAACCACCCCCCUAUGGCUUUAGAAAGUCAUGGGUCCCCCGCUCAUUGGAGGACUUUGGAGAUGGAGGCGCCUUCCCGGAGAUCCAUGUGGCCCAGUACCCGCUGGAGAUGGGCAGGAAGAAGAAGACCUCCAAUGCCCUAGCGGUGCAGGUGGACGCAGAGGGCAAGAUCAAGUACGACGCCAUUGCCAGGCAGGGCCAGGGCAAAGACAAGGUGAUCUUCAGCAAGUACACAGACCUGCUUCCCAAGGAAGUGCUGAACGAUGACGCGCCAGACCUGCAGAAGCCUGAUGAGGAGGCGGUUAAAGAGCUAACUGAGAAGACGCGGGCUGCCCUGGAGAAAGCCGUGUCGCAGAAGAUCGCCGCUGCCAUGCCCGUGCGUGCUGCAGAUAAGCAGGCCCCAGCACAGUAUAUCAGGUACACGCCGUCACAGCAGGGAGUGGCGUUCAACUCGGGAGCCAAGCAGCGUGUCAUUCGCAUGGUGGAGAUGCAGAAGGACCCCAUGGAGCCCCCGCGCUUCAAGAUCAACAAGAAGAUUCCCCGUGGCCCUCCCUCUCCUCCUGCCCCUGUCAUGCACUCCCCCAGCAGAAAGAUGACCGUGAAAGAACAGCAAGAAUGGAAGAUUCCUCCGUGUAUAUCCAACUGGAAGAACGCAAAGGGUUACACCAUCCCACUGGACAAGCGCUUGGCUGCGGAUGGAAGAGGCCUGCAGACGGUUCACAUCAACGAGAACUUUGCCAAGCUGGCAGAGGCCCUCUACAUAGCUGACAGAAAAGCGCGAGAGGCGGUGGAGAUGCGUGCGCAGGUGGAGAAGAAGAUGGCCCAGAAGGAGAAGGAGAGGAAGGAGGAGAAGCUGAGGGAGAUGGCCCAGGCCGCCAGGGACCGCCGAGCUGGAAUCAAGAGCCACGGCGGAGACAAAGCAGGUGGCGAGGACGGUGAGGCCAGAGAGCGUGACGAGAUUCGCCAGGAGAGAAACAAAAACAGACAGCACGAGAGGAACAUCUCCAGGGCCUCACACGAAAAGAGGUCCAAGCUGCAGCGAGACCAGGACCGAGACAUUAGCGAGGUGAUGGCCAUCAACCCCAACAUGCGCCACAACAACAACAGUGAGGCCCAGUACGACCAGAGGCUCUUCAACCAGAGCAAGGGAAUGAGCAGUGGUUUUGCCGGAGGCGAGGAUGAGAUGUACAACGUGUACGACAAGCCCUUCAGGGAGAGCCGGGACAUGGCUCAAAGCAUCUACCGCCCCACCAAGGGAGCAGACAAGGACAUGUAUGGAGACGACCUGGACUCGCUCAUUCAGAACAACAGAUUUGUGCCAGGCCGUGGGUUCACCGAGGCCACCGAGGGUCACCGUCGCGACGGUCCGGUGCAGUUUGAGGAGGAUCCGUUCGGUCUGGAUCCGUUCUUGAAGCAGGCCAAGCAGCACGGCGGGGGCUCUAAGAGGCCGUCCGCCAGCGGAGGCUCCAAGGACUACGACCACGACAAGAAGCGCAGAAAGGAGUGAGGGGCAGUCAGGCAGGGAGCGAGUAAGGGGGGCAGAGAGAGUGUAGGAGAGUCCAGGGCUGCGUUUAUCGACCGCGUCGUCGUUGCUAACUAAGUUAGCAACUUACUUGGUUGCAAUGCUAUUUCCCAUUGGCAACAUAGUGAGUUGCUAACUGGUUAGCAGCAAUGCUUUUGAGAAACGGGGUCCAGGACAGUCCUAUAGAAACCACAGCAACCCGUUAUGUGUUGUAUGUUUUUUGUUUUGUUAUUUGCCGGGGGGUGGGGUUCUUUGUAAUGAGACCCUGACAAGACAUGUUGGGAGGAGAGGAGAGAGAGGGUGUUAAACCGGGCAGAGAGACUCCAGCAACCGUGUGUGUGUGCGUGUGUGUGUGUAAGUGUAACAAGACCAUGACGAGAAGUAUAGGAAGAAAUGACUGAGUGAAUGAAUGAAUGAGUGAGUUAGUGAAGCAAAAGAGAGGUUAGCUGUAGGUCUGUACAGGCCCCCAAACAACCUCCUUUGUUUGUUGUGGCGAUUUUAUAGUUAUUUUGUGUGAAUGACCCCAAACCUUUGUGAGGAUUUCACAAGGGCUUUACUUAGAGAGUGGACCUGGAUUUUGUUAAAAGGCACGGAUUCCAUAGUUUGUAUUGUAAUCUAAAUGCAAAAUUCUAUGAUGUAUUUUACGUGGAAACAAACCCUAGUUGCUUGUAAGUUAUAUAAGACUUACCAGUUCUCCACCCACCCCCCAAUUCUGUCUCCUUUGUCCUUUUUUAUUUUAAUAUUGUUUGGAGGAGUAGAUGUAUCCUUUUACUAUUUCUGACCAGAAUAACCAUGUGCUUCUAUUUAGUUGACGAUGGAAAAAGAGAUGUUUGUAUAGGUCAUCUGACACACUUCCCACAAGUCAAUAAAUUUGUACAUGGAAAGACCACAA